CGCUGGAGGCAGCAGUGCUGAAAGUGAUGCUGGGGGACCCACAGUGUCAUAAACAGCUGAGACGCAGCAUGCAGCGGAAACAGGAGGUGGGAGGAGGAGGGGUGAGGGACGGGGGAUUCCUGCUGAGGAGGCUGGCGGCUGGUGGGCUCGCUGACUACGGGCAAGUGCUAACAACAACAAGAGCGAGCCUGCGCCUUUAUUUCCCAAAGUUUGCAGCCGGAGGACGAGAGAGCAAGCGGCAGGACUGCAGCAGCCAGGGGGAAAUGCUUCUGAAGGAGCUUCCUCCAAAGGCUGGGCUGCGGCAGUGCCUCUGAGGCCAAAUCUGGCCACAUUGUUGCACUGGAAUUAGGGGGAGUGGAUCAAGCGGAUCUCUUCGGGGAUUUGCCAUUCAUGCUCCCCUUGCGGGCAGUGGAAGGACCCCCUCCUCCCCUCUCGGUCUGGGAUUAUUAGCACUCAGUCUGGGUUUCUUAUUUUACCCUCUCUCUGAAGCUGCGUUGUGUACUGGCUCCCUGUACAGCUAGGCGCCUGCAGCCACGCAGCGCCUUCCGCUAAUCUGCGCGGCCACCCUCUGCUUGCUGGCUCUGCAUAGCUGGGCGCCCGCCCCAGCUGUUUCCUCACCUCUGCAGGCCAGCGGCCGGCCCUGGCCUCCGGAGAGCCGCGGCAGUUCUACUCAGCACAGCUGCAUGCCCGCCGCAGUUUCCGCACAUCUGGAUUCGCUGGAAUCUUGGGCCUUCCAUGCGCUGCUGGUGCUACCCUAUAUGUUUUACGUGGGCUUGUUCUUCGUCAAUGUGCUGAUUCUCUACUAUGCCUUUCUGAUGGAGUAUAUCGUCCUCAAUGUAGGGAUCGUGUUCCUGCCCGAAGAUAUGGACCAGGCUCUGGUGGAUUUGGGGGUGCUGUCAGACCCUGGCUCGGUGCUCUAUGACACGGACAGUGAGCUGGAUGUGUUUGAUGGGUAUUUGGAAUAACAAGCAAAAAGCGUGCAGAAAGUGACUAGGGAAUAACCCCACCCCCCUUCGCAAGAAUUGGAGGGUUUGUGUUGCACUUGGUGGCCAUGGCUAAGGGAUCACUAGAGCUCUGUGCUGUCCUUGCAUCUGAUUUCCCUCAGCGCUGCAUCCUAUGUUCAAAAUGGCCCCACCGGUGCAAGUGUCAGUGGGGGCUACUGCUGCCUCUCGCUGAGGUGCCGAGGAUCUGCUGCUGCUCAUGGGAUGGGAACUGGAGGCUGUGGCGGAGGCCCUGGUGGGAAGCAGGGGACAGACAGAGAGGGCACUGCCGGGCUCCAAAGCGCUGUUUGUUGCACACUUGAAAAUGUGCCAGGAUUGGAAUUGUGGAACAAGAAACCGUGGCCUUGAAUGCUAAAAAAUAAAAGGAAUGUACAGGAGACGAAAUGGACGAGACAAUGUGAAGCGGCAGCAUCAGAAUGUUUCAGAUGUGACUUUUCCCCAGGAUUGUUGGAUCAGGGUGUAACACUAACUGCAGUGAUUCGUAUGCAGCACCAGGCCUCCUUAGGACAUGGCCUGCAUGGACAUUUUAAAAAGCGGUCUCUCCAUACUUUAAACAGAGCUUUUACUCAGAUUUGAUAAACUUUUGAAUAAACAUGUUACCCAAAUGGGCAAACCAUAUUACUCUUUAUGAAGUUCAAAGCAGAUCACACGUUGAAAACUUUCCUGGCUGUUAGUUCAGCAGGUCAGUUCUGCUGUUGGGAUAGAGCCUAAAAUCACUGCAAGUUAAAUUCGGUUCAGAGCAGUAUUACAGAAAGGGAUUGUUUUGUAAGGUGUAGGUAUUUUUUGUUUGUUUUGUUUUUAAUUUUGUGAGUCUUGUAUUAGGGCAGCAAGAGAGAAUCCAGUAUAAAUCUGGAAGAUUAAUGAUCUAACAGGAUAGUGUGCACAUUGUUUAAAUUCAAGUUCUUAUGUACACAUGUAAAAGCAAUACAUUGAAGACUGACCUCGUUCAAUUAAAAAGUAUGCAUAUCA